UGCCAUUAGACCUCUAAAUAGAGCCAAAUAACCAGAGCUGCCUAAAAUUAAACAUUGACAAAUAAUAAGUAAAAUGAUGUGUGAGGGGUCUGUUGGGCCAGGAGAUCUUUACAGUAUGAUGUUUCUGCAUUGUUAUGCCAUCUUGCAUCUACUACAGCUGUCAAGUUUCAUCUGUUUCCUUGAACUCUUCUCCACACAUCUUAGGUUCUGUGGCUUUAAUCCCCAUUACUAAUGAACAGGUCCUGCUUUUAGAGAAAGCCAUUCCUUUGAGAUCACUCUCCCUUUAGGAACCCCUUUCCUUUCACAGUCCUCUCAAAGGUGUCUGUUAACAUGUAAAUAUACUGCAAUAACUAACCUGAUUCUAUUUCUUCUUGACCCAGUAGCAUUUGGCCUGGGAUGCUGAGGGAGCCAUACCUCACAAUAUUCAGCAUAUUUAGAUUUCUCAAGACCACAUCCUCUUUUGCCAUCUUUUGCAAACAUAACACUGCCUUUUGACCACACCUAAGUUUUCCUGGAUGCAAUAGCAAACUAGCAUUAAACCACAAAUGUGCUGGUAUCGUUUUUCAGGUAUUAUACUCACAGAUGCUUUGCGUCAUAAUGUGGGUGUAGCCUAGAGCACCCUGCCAGCCAUACAAACUAGCCUAAGCUGGUGUUUGGAGAUGCUUUGUGCCAGAGAAAACCCCUUCAGCAAUGAGACCAAGGAAGAAGUCAAGACACUGUCCUGAAGCUGCUCUUUGCAGAUGUUUAGACAAGGUCUGCAGGGCUUUAGUAGAACUCCCUGAGAGCCCUUAUGACUGAUGGUGGGAAAGUAACGGAAGAUUGGUGAGGAGGAUUGUAGAUAAAUCCAAGUGACUUGCAGCUGAGGUGAGGUGUAGAAAAACACAUGUAUUGUACUAGUUGUUGUUUAGCCUUGUGUGUUUGAUGAGUAGUACAUCUGUGUUUAGAUAACACAGGCCUGUGAUAGGCUGAGAAGCACCCCACUGAACAUGCUUGGGAUUCCUGCUCUGCUGUGGUAAACUAUGUCUGCAAUAAUCCCUAAUAUGCAGGUGAAAACAGCAGGUUUGGUGACCCUUGAGCAAGGACCAGGCUCUGCAGUGCUGGCAUCCCUGUUUGUGUGCCUCUGGCUUUGGGUACCGCUUUGAGGAUCCUCUGGUUGGUGAGAAAACCUCCAGCCCUGCAGAACUUACGUCCUUUUCAAAGACGGCUUGUGCAGUGGUUGUCACAAUGUCAUUGGUAUUGUGACAGCUUUCUAAAACCCUGUGCCUACAGAGAAAUUCACAGGAGCCUGAUGCACCACAUCCUGCCUUCUUUGUGAUCCUGUGAUGCUGAACUUCCUCUGUCUCUGUAGGUCCUUUGCAACCAUGGUGAAGUCUAAAAGAGUGCAUGUGCUCCUGAUCCUGGUAGUUCUAUCCUUCCUCCUGAUCCACUUCCUGCCCUGCAGCAACAAUGCCCCCAUGGAAGAAAAACCUUCUCCAGUCCACAUCCUCAUUCUCUCCACCUGGCGAUCAGGAUCUUCCUUCACUGGGCAAAUCUUCAGCCAGCACCCCAGCGUCUUCUACCUGAUGGAGCCCGCAUGGCAUGUCUGGGUUAAGAUGUCCCAGAACAGUGCCAAAGUCUUACACAUGGCAGUGCGGGACUUAGUCAGGUCGGUCUUUCUGUGUGACAUGUCUGUGUUUGAUGCUUACAUGUCUAGCCAGAAGCAAAAGUCCGAUUUAUUUCAAUGGGAGACAAGCCGAGCCUUGUGCUCCCCACCUGCCUGCGACUUGUUCAAUCGCACUGACAUAAUCACUGCAGGCAAUUGCAAAAAGAUCUGUAGCAAGUACCCAUUCAGCAAGGUGGAGGAAGCUUGUAAAACCUACAGCCAUGUUGCCAUCAAGGAGGUUCGAUUCUUUGACCUGAAAGUCCUUUACCCCCUUCUCACUGAUCCAUCCCUGAACAUCAAAAUUAUUCACUUGGUCCGUGAUCCCCGGGCUGUGUUCAGGUCCCGCGAGAAGACAGCGGCAGACCUGAAACGUGACAGUAACAUUAUUGUGGGGUCUCAGAGGACAAAGGGUGAAAUGGGGCCCUACAACACAAUGCAAGUAAUUUGCAGAAGUCAUGUUGAGAUUUAUAAGGCAGGAAUUCAGGCCACUCCCAGCUUCCUGAAAGACAGAUACUUGCUGGUUCGCUAUGAAGACAUAGUCAGAGACCCUCUGGCAAGGGCUGCUCAGAUGUACAGGUUUGCAGAACUACAUUUCACACCAGAACUUCAGAAGUGGGUGCACAACAUCACUCAUGGGAAGGGUCUCGGAGCACAUGCCUUUGUAAUUGGGUCCAGAGAUGCACAGAGAGUAUCUCAGGCCUGGAGGGAGACACUUCCCUUCCAGAAAAUAGAAAAAGUGCAAAACGUGUGCAAGGAUGCAAUGGACUUGCUGGGCUAUCGGCUCGUUCAAUCUGAAGAAGAGCAAAAAAAUAUGUCACUGGAUCUUUUGUUUGCCCAGAACUCCUCUGAGUAUCAAACUCUGAAGGCAGAACAGCUGGUGUCUGUACCUACUCUCUGAAGGCUGCAGAGGGCAGAACUGUCCACUAGAACAAAAGAGGACAGAGGUGCAGGCAUAGAAGCGUAAGAGCAUGUGCAUGGAUAUGCAUGGUUGCAAGGACAGGUAACAUAAGAAUCCUGACUGCAUUCACAAGAGCUCUCAGCAGCCCAGGGUCGCUCUCUAAGGCCCCCUGGAGACUCAGCCACAAUGGAGGCUGAAGUAAUGCAAGUUUGUUCUCCAAAUUAACUAUGUUUAGAUUGGAGCAUACAAACUAGCAAAGCAGUGGGACCAGAUAGCAGAACUCGACCCCCCCACGUGGAAGCAAUUGCACUGCAAAGGAAGAGGAAAUAUAAAAGGAAGCUGAAUAGAGAGAACAUUAUUUGUCAUGCUACCACACGGGACAUGUAAUGCCAGAAGAGAUGCAAGGAUGACCAACAUUUGGUUUCUGGAAAGAUGCUUUUUUUUUGAACGGUUUUCAAGCCGAGUUUUCCUUUUGCUUCAUUCCUUUGCCUGGGUAUCCAGCCUUGCUGGCAGUGUUGGGGAAAUGUUUGUGUUCAUUUACUGUAUAAUGGGAAAAUGGAAUAAACCUGCUAUUGUUGAAAAUAAAAACUCUUGGAUUUGCA